CCGAAAACGGAGAAACCCUGAGCCAGGCGGUUGGGGCUGUCACAGUCGGAAUCCCCAGCGGCGGUUCGGCAGCGGUCAAGAUCUACAAGGUGAGGCCGAACCAUUCUGACUUCUAUCCAGAUGCCAACUUUGUGACCUGCAGUGGCUACAUGACUUCCUGAAGGAGAAGAACAAUGUUAUGUUGGGGAUAUUGGUCUCUGGGCCAACCUGGGAUCAGCACCAACUUGCAGGGGAUUGUGGCUGAGCCGCAGGUGUGUGGAUUCAUUUCGGACAGAAGCGUCAAGGAGGUCGCUUGCGGAGGAAACCACUCUGUGUUCCUGCUGGAGGGCGGGGAGGUGUACACGUGUGGUUUGAACACCAAGGGCCAGCUGGGCCACGAGAGGGAAGGAAACAAGCCAGAGCAAAUUGGAGCCUUGGCAGAUCAGCACAUUGUCCAUGUGGCAUGUGGCGAAUCCCACAGUCUGGCGCUCAGUGAUCGGGGCCAGCUCUUUUCUUGGGGUGCAGGGAGUGAUGGUCAGCUAGGACUCAUGACGACUGAGGAUUCAGUGGCGGUGCCCAGGUUAAUACAAAAACUGAACCAGCAGACAAUAUUACAAGUUUCCUGUGGCAACUGGCAUUGCUUGGCUCUUGCAGCUGAUGGUCAGUUCUUCACAUGGGGAAAGAACAGCCAUGGGCAGCUGGGCCUGGGGAAGGAGUUCCCAUCCCAGACCAGCCCGCAGAGGGUGAGGUCCCUGGAGGGGAUCCCACUGGCGCAAGUGGCUGCUGGAGGGGCUCACAGCUUUGCCCUGUCACUCUCAGGAGCUGUUUUUGGCUGGGGGAUGAAUAAUGCAGGGCAGCUAGGACUCAGUGACGAAGAAGAUCGAGAGUCUCCUUGCCAUGUGAAGCUCUUACGAACGCAGAAAGUCGUCUAUAUUAGUUGUGGAGAAGAACAUACUGCAGUCCUCACGAAAAGUGGAGGUGUCUUUACCUUCGGUUCUGGUUCCUGUGGACAACUUGGACAUGAUUCCAUGAAUGACGAGGUUAAUCCAAGGAGAGUUCUAGAGCUUAUGGGCAGUGAAGUAACUCAGAUUGCUUGUGGCAGACAGCAUACUCUAGCCUUCGUGCCUUCUUCUGGACUCAUCUAUGCAUUUGGUUGUGGAGCAAGAGGUCAGUUAGGAACUGGACACACCUGUAAUGUGAAGUGCCCAUCUCCUGUAAAAGGGUACUGGGCUGCCCACAGUGGUCAGCUUUCAGCCAGAGCUGAUCGUUUUAAAUAUCAUAUUGUUAAGCAGAUCUUCUCUGGAGGAGACCAAACUUUUGUUCUUUGCUCCAAAUAUGAGAAUUCUUCUCCUGCUGUUGACUUCAGAACUGUGAACCAAGCACAUUAUACCAGUUUAAUAAAUGAUGAAACCAUAGCCGUUUGGAGACAAAAACUGUCAGAACACAACAAUGCAAAUACAAUCAAUGGUGUUGUUCAGAUAUUGUCUUCUGCAGCGUGUUGGAAUGGAAGUUUUCUUGAAAAAAAAAUUGAUGAACAUUUUAAAACAAGCCCUAAAAUCCCUGGGAUUGACCUGAACUCAACUAGAGUGUUGUUUGAGAAGUUGAUGAACUCUCAGCAUUCUGUGAUUCUAGAACAGAUCUUGAACAGCUUUGAAAGUUGCCUAAUUCCUCAACUGUCAAGUUCACCUCCAGAUGUUGAAGCAAUGAGAAUCUAUUUAAUAUUACCUGAGUUUCCUCUGCUCCAGGAUUCCAAGUAUUAUAUAACAUUGACUAUUCCCCUGGCUAUGGCUAUUCUUCGCCUGGAUACAAACCCCAGCAAAGUCUUAGAUAACUGGUGGUCUCAGGUAUGCCCGAAAUAUUUCAUGAAGCUGGUAAACCUGUAUAAAGGCGCAGUGGUUUAUCUACUGAGGGGAAGAAAGACAUUCUUAAUUCCUGUACUGUUUAACAAUUAUAUUACAGCAGCUCUCAAGCUCUUGGAGAAAUUGUAUAAGGUAAACCUUAAAGUAAAGCAUGUGGACUAUGACACAUUUUACAUUCCGGAGAUUUCCAGUCUUGUAGACAUUCAAGAAGACUACCUCAUGUGGUUCUUGCAUCAAGCAGGCAUGAAGGCUAGACCAUCUAUAAUACAGGAUGCUGUGACACUUUGUUCCUAUCCUUUUAUUUUUGAUGCCCAAGCCAAGACCAAAAUGUUGCAGACUGAUGCUGAAUUACAGAUGCAGGUGGCCGUCAAUGGAGCCAACUUGCAGAACGUCUUCAUGCUUCUCACCUUGGAGCCUCUGCUGGCCAGAAGCCCCUUCCUGGUACUUCAUGUUCGCCGAAACAACCUCGUUGGAGACGCCCUGAGAGAACUGAGCAUUCAUUCUGACAUUGAUUUAAAAAAGCCUCUCAAAGUAAUCUUUGAUGGUGAAGAAGCAGUGGAUGCUGGUGGUGUCACAAAGGAGUUCUUUCUUUUGCUGUUAAAAGAACUUUUGAAUCCCAUCUAUGGAAUGUUCACCUACUAUCAGGAUUCAAAUCUCUUGUGGUUUUCAGAUACAUGUUUUGUAGAACACAACUGGUUCCACUUGAUUGGCAUAACCUGUGGACUAGCUAUCUACAACUCCACCGUGGUCGACCUCCACUUCCCCUUGGCUCUCUACAAGAAGUUACUGAACGUGAAGCCUGGCUUGGAAGACUUAAAAGAGUUGUCACCCACUGAAGGAAGGAGUCUUCAAGCACUCUUAGAUUAUCCUGGUGAAGAUAUUGAGGAGACUUUCUGCCUCAACUUCACAAUUUGUCGAGAAAGCUAUGGAGUGGUUGAACAGAAGAAACUAAUCCCUGGGGGAGACAAAGUGACUGUGUGCAAGGACAACAGGCAGGAAUUUGUAGAUGCUUAUGUGAAUUAUGUCUUCCAAAUCUCAGUCCAUGAAUGGUACACAGCCUUCUCCAGUGGCUUCCUCAAGGUGUGUGGUGGCAAAGUGCUUGAACUCUUCCAGCCUUCAGAACUGAGGGCCAUGAUGGUGGGGAACAGCAACUACAACUGGGAGGAACUGGAAGAGACUGCCAUUUACAAGGGUGAUUACUCUGCCACACACCCCACUGUGAAACUAUUUUGGGAAACAUUUCAUGAGUUUCCACUGGAAAAGAAGAAGAAAUUUCUCUUGUUCCUGACUGGCAGUGAUCGGAUCCCCAUCUACGGCAUGGCAAGCCUGCAGAUCGUAAUCCAGUCCACAGCCAGUGGAGAGGAGUACUUGCCGGUGGCCCACACUUGUUAUAACCUUCUUGACCUCCCCAAGUACAGCAGCAAAGAAAUCCUGAGCGCAAGGCUGACCCAGGCACUUGACAACUAUGAGGGGUUUAGUCUGGCCUGAGGCUCCCCAACUUGCCCCAGAUGUCUCUCCCUUCCUCAAUGCCCACAUUGAGGCCUAUACAGAAAAUCAUGGGGAGUGAGUUUUAUUUUUUUAUUGCAUAAGUGGGGUGGUACUUUUGAAUCCUGAGCCUGGUUGUUGUGUUUCUGGGGUUGUAACUGGUAAGCUACCUUUUUGAAAAUUCAGGGCCUGGGAGUGGGGUGAAAAAUUGGCUCUUGGUAGGAGGAGGUAUUUUUGUUUUUAAAUCAAAUUUCCCAGUGUUCCCUGCACUUGUGAAUAUGUUGCACUCUGCUGGACAAAAUGGCAGUGAAUUUAAAAUUUUCACUUCCCAAAUGUCUCUCUCAGCCCUGAUCUUUCCUCACAGUGCUUCAUGUUCCUUCUCUGAAUUUGUCAUUCCUCCUUCUCAUCUCAUCUGUCUUUUCUUACCUGCACAUGCAGAAUGUCUCCUUUCUCUGUAGCCUUGAGAAUGCUCCUGGCUUGUGGCAGCCCCACCGUAAGGCCUAAGGGGGAAAGGACUACUUCAGAAACUUCCAGUUCCAACAAGUUGAAUCUGGGUCCAUUACUUCGAUUGAACUCUUGAGAAUUUACUGAAGCCUUUAGGAACACAUCUUGCCUUUAAAAAGAAAAAGUCUUAGGGAAUAGCAAUCUUCCCACGGCUCUGCCUGUUUCCUGGGCCUCCUUAAGAUGUGCCGAGCAGCUCAGCGUGCACUUGAGCCUGAUCGUGCUGUGAUGCUCAGCCGUGUCCUCCCUCUGACUACAGCUGAGGUGAUAAGUCCUGCCCUUUCUGUUCCCUCACUUUUGAGCAAGUUUCAUUCAUAUUUUCAAGAGUAUUUUCUCUAAGAAAAGUAGAAACAAUCCAUUUCUGUCCCUUCCUCUAUCUCUUUCUCUGUCACUGUCCCCACUCCCCUCUCCAGCUUUCCUUUUUUCUCUCCUUUUUUCAUCCCAUUGUGUUACCUGUUACCUUCCUCUUCUCCCCCCACCCCCAGUGGAUGCAUGCAGUCUGUUCUUUUUUAUUUCUAUUUAAACUGUAAAAUUUCUACUCAUUUUUUUUCUUUUUCCCUAAUUGCUAAAACUUAAGGACAUUAUUAUGGAACUUUUGUUUAUUGCAUUUGAAAUGUUUGUUUACAAUGCAGUUUCGGGGGGAUUAUGUCUAAAGCAAAUAUAUGUAUCUUAAAAAUGACAUGCUUAACCUUCUUCAUCAUGGGAUAAGAAAACUCUACAUGAUCAAAGAAUCCAUGUCAGUCUAAUUUUAAAUUCCUAGUCACUAGAGAAAAGACUUAUUUAUAUAAAAUGAAGUAUUUAUGAAAUGUGAUACAGCAUUAAAUCUCAAUGAAGGACUGUAGAUUUUUGCUUUUUGUUUUUAAAACUUAUUCCAAUUG